GUUGGAGCCGUGGACGGCUAUGGCGCGACGGCGCUGACGUGGGCUGCAGCUUCGAACAGCGUGCAGGGUAUCGAGGUCCUCAGCGCUGCCGGUGCUGAGUUGACCGCCGUCAACAUGCUGGGAUACUCGCCGUUUCUGGCGGCCAGCGCCUUCGGUGCUCUCCCAGCGAUGAAGAAGCUGAUGCCAACCACGACGCAGCAAGAGAUUGAUAUGGCGCUCCACGUGGCUAUCCUCCACGGUGGCGGAUCUCCAGAAGUCAUCCUAGAACUGGUUCAAGCGGAAGCCGACAUCAAUCGUCAGCUUUCAACACCUCUCCUGAGCCCUCUUGGCGUACUCUUCGCCUGCCUCAGCAUGCGCCACCGAUGGAAGCAAUCCACUCUAAGCUAUUAUGCCUACCACCACUACGGCGCCACCCCUCUGAUGUGCAGUGUAAUUACCAGCUCCUUCGACGCCGUAGCGGUGCUCCUGGCUGCCGGAGCGCUCGUUGAUGUCCAGAACACACGUGGCUGUACGGCAAUGGACCUUGCUCUGGAGAUCGGCGCCCCCGACCAGAUCGUGGAGGCGCUGGAAGAAGAUGGUCCAAGUCGACAGAAUCUGAUCCGCAACUUGCCCCUGGACAUGGGCUUGAUCUCUGAGCGCUUCUAG